AUGGCCCUCAUCACGAUAUCUGGCUAUCCAUCCUCUGGAAAAUCACAGCGGGCAGCUCAGAUCAAACGACACUUCGAAGCUCGGCUGGCAGACCCAUCUUAUACGGGACCAUCGCUGUCCAUCGUUGUCCUCGACGACGACACUCUCAACAUCGACCGGUCUUCUUACAAUGAUUCGAAAUCGGAAAAACCAGCUCGCGGAACGCUCUUCACAGCUGUCCAGCGCAACCUGGCUCAGAACAAGGUUGUCAUUGUCGAUUCGUUGAACUACAUCAAGGGAUUCCGGUAUCAGAUGUAUUGUGCUGCGAGGGAGAUCAAAGUCCGCGUCUGUACGGUGUACGUGCUCGCUACGCCCGAUCUUUGCAAGCAAUGGAACAGCGAGCGCACGGAUGGAAAAGCAUAUGCCCCAGAGACCCUCGCGAACUUGCUGCAGCGCUAUGAAGAGCCCUCUUCGAUGGUUCGAUGGGACUCCCCUCUCUUUACUGUGUCGUGGUCAGAUGAAGAUGUACCAGCAGACGACAUUUGGAGAGCGAUAACCGAAGGAGUAGUGAAACCUCCCAACACGGGAACACAAGCUGUGGCAAAAGCGCCGACUGACGCCCUGCGUACGCUCGAGCACACCACUGCCUCGGUCGUCUCUGCCCUCGUCUCCGAACAGGCCAACUCUGGCUCACUCGGCAGCACGACCACCAUCACUCUCUCCCCUAUACUGAAAGUCCGCAUAACCCUUCCCCCACGUAAUGUGACACUGUCAGAGCUGCAGAGGUUGAAGAGACAGUUUGUGACGUUGCAUAAGAAGGCGAUUACGCUAGGUACAACAGAGAAAGGUGCGGUGGAUUGGAGUGAGCAGAGCGUUGCAGACAAGUUUGUUGUGUAUCUCGAAGAGAAUAUGAAGCCUUGA